AUGAGAGACUUGAUAGGGCAACAGGCCCAUAAUCAAGCCGCCGUUGCUGCUGUCGCUGAGGCCGCACUUGUUUCCACACCUGUUGCUACACCCGCUGAAGUUCAGCCUGAGAAUGUACUGGUAUUGAGAGAGAGGUCGAUUCAUAAGCUGGUAGAGCAGUUUUUGAAGCUGAACUCGCUAAGGUUCAAUGGCACAGGAGACCCUGAAGCUGCGUCGCUAUGGGUUCAAGAUCUAGAGAAUGCCUUUGCACUGUUGAUGUGCACUGAGGCGGAAAAGGUUGUCCUAGCAGUGUAUCAAUUGCAGGGUAAUGCGAAUGCCUGGUGGAGAGCCACCAGAGGUUUAGUAUUUCCAAAGGGCGUGGUCCCGGUGUGGGAUGCUUUCCUAAGAGCGUUCAAUGAUAAGUAUUUUUCAAGAAGCACCCGGGAGCAAAAGAUGGAAGAAUUUCAAUGCCUCCGCCAAGGAGCGAUGACUGUUGACCAAUAUGAGGUCAAGUUCGCGAAGCUUUCUUAG